UAUGAUGAUGUGCAUGUCAACUUCACUCAGGAGGAGUGGGCAUUGCUGAAUCCUUCCCAGAAGAAUCUCUAUAAAGAUGUGAUGUGGGAGACAUAUACGAACCUCACUGCUAUAGGAUACAGUUGGGAAGAUCUUGAAGUUGAAGAACAUUGUGCAAGUUCUGAACGACAUGAAAGGCAUGAAAGAAGGCAAAAGGGAGAGAAACAGUAUGAAUGCAAUCAAUGUGCUAAAGCCUUUGCACAACAUGGUAAUCUUAAAAGGCAUCAUAAAACACAUAUUGGAGAGAAACUCUAUGAAUGUAAUCAGUGUGGUAAAACCUUUUUACUUCACAAUAAUCUUGAAAUGCAUAGAAAAACACAUACUGGAGAGAAAUCCUAUGAAUGUAAUCAGUGUGGUAAAGCCUUUGUACAGCAUGGUCAUCUUCAAAGGCACACAAGAACACAUACUGGAGAGAAACCCUAUGAAUGUAAUCAGUGUCGUAAAGCUUUUGCUCAAAACAGUGUUCUUCAAAUGCAUAAAAGAACUCACACUGGAGAGAAACCCUAUGAAUGUAAUCAGUGUGGUAAAGCCUUUGCUUACCACAGUGUUCUUCAAUUGCAUAAAAGAACACAUAGUGGAGAGAAACCAUAUGAAUGUGAUCAAUGUACUAAAGCCUUUAGACAUCAUAGUAGUCUUCAAAGGCAUACAAGAACACAUACUGGAGAGAAACCAUAUGAAUGUGAUCAAUGUACUAAAGCCUUUGGACAUCAUAGUAAUCUUCAAAGGCAUACAAGAACACAUACUGGAGAGAAACCAUAUGAAUGUGAUCAAUGUACUAAAGUCUUUGGACAUCAUAGUAAUCUUCAAAGACAUACAAAAACACAUACUGGAGAGAAACCCUAUGAAUGUAAUCAGUGUGGUAAAGCCUUUGUACAUUACAGUCAUCUUCAAAGGCACACAAGAACACAUACUGGAGAGAAACCAUAUGAAUGUAAUCAGUGUGGUAAAGCCUUUGUACAACAUGGUUAA